CGCAAAUUAUCCAAACUGUUAAUCCUCUUCUUUCUGAAAUUCAUUCAAUAGGUCAGCAUGUCUUUCCCCAUAGGUACUGGAGAGACCAACCCCUUCAGUAUAAACGCAGACAGAACCCCUUUAACCCUAGACAAGUCAACCCGCACCCUCUAUAACCGCGCCAUAUCCGACCCCUCCUCACUAACGGAUCAAGAACGCCGACUUAUCACUCACCGCCCCUUACCAGAGGAGGAAAACAACCUCUGUCGGAAUGCCUGCGGGUUGUCCAUGGACGAGCUAAUCGCGAAAGCCAUCAACAGCAAUAACAACAACAACAAUGAUGAUGAUGAUGAUUACCUCAGCCUUAGCUUCGGCUUGAGCAAUAAAGAAGCUCGGCUCCUAACGGCCGGCGUAGUCCAGGGACAAUCGGGCCGCAUCCUGUCCGAGGUGGCGCGCCUCAGUCCGGAAGAGCGAGACCUCAAGGCUCGAGCUAUGGAGGCGGCGAGGACGGACGAUGUCAGCGCUGCUAUAGAGGUGGCGCAGAGGGUUCGGCAACGAUGGACAGCGGUGCAACUGGCAGCGGCGAAGGCGCUGAGCAAUGACGAUAUUAGGAAUAUUCAGGUUGCGCUGAAAGUUCCUUGGCAGGAGCACGUACUGCAAUCCAGUUCAACUUCAGCGGGCGAUUCUAGUUCUGAUCCUAGUUCGAGUUCUAGUUUUGGUGGUCAGGGCCCCGGUGAAGCGGGGGAUCGCUUUGGUCUUGUGGUAUUCCACCAGCAGGAAGAAGAAGAAGAAGAAGAAAUAGGUCGUCUUUCGGAGUAUAAAUCCCAGAUCAGAACGGCUAUUUACCAUGGAUUACACUAUUCAGUCUCCCUGAUCAAGGACGAGACGAGAAACCGGUUCACCCUGCACUGGGUGGCUGUUCCAGGUGGUCAUAAUAACGACUUAGACCCGAGUGCACUACGGAGCAGAUUUAGUACAAUGCUCUCAAAUAAUGAGGUUCCAAUCGGCUUUCGACGCGAUGCCUUCCUCUAUGUGGAUAAAGAGGCGUUCCACUCCCGUGAGACGGUAAGGCCGUAUCUCUGGUUAGCUGAGCCUGAGCCUAAGCCCGAAUAUGAGACUGGGACUGGGACUGGAACUCAACCUGAGGUUUUACAACCUCUUAAAGUCGAUAUUAAGCAUAUCGCCCCCACAUUGUUUGCGCGGUUGGUCCAGCGAGAUCUCCAGGGCGAGGCAAGACGGAAGCCCUAUCGUUAUACGCCAGAGCUGAGCAGAUUGCAUGCGUCCACGGAUGCAAACUGGGAAAGAGAUGGGAUCUGGCCGCCACCUGCUCGACUCCAGUAAUUGUAACUACACAGAGCUCAUUUUUAACUACGGUGCUUAGGGAAUGGUAGUUUCAUUAGAAUUAAAGGAAGAAGAAGAAAUUGCCAGUUUGACUAUAUACUAUCUACUAGUCUUACCUAGCUACCGCUAUUCCAUGUGUAUGCAUGUAGGUACAUAUGUAGC